CAUGGUUUUCCUCUUCCGCAUUUAACGCAUUAAUCUAAAAUCCCGAUUUCUGCACGAAUAAAUCCGUGAUUAUUAGUAAACUACAGCAACUUUUCAGGAACUGAAGAAAAACAAUGGCACAUCAGCAUGUUGAGUUCGUGGACACACACUAUGAAGCUCUCCUUCAGAGAGUUACAUCUGUGAUGCCCAUCACUGAUAAGCUGUAUGAAAGCAAAAAGCUUACCUGGGAAGCGUAUUCGAAGAUCACAAAGGCCACAUCUAAAAAGACCCAAAUGAGAGAGCUCCUAAACGCUGUGAAAUCUGGAGGACCUGCAGUAAAAUCUGCUUUUUACGAAGUACUGCAAGAAAUCGAGCCUGAUGUCAUUCAAGAACUUGAAGGGUCAUCCUCACAGACAGACCAUGAAAACCAGGUAACUGAGAACAAUAUCAUCAGGUGGAACCUAUCCUCAAAGCACAGAAGUGAAAUAGAGGAGCUCUGGAAGGAUUCCUCCAGGAAAAAAGUUGGGAAUCUUUACUUUUCAAGAAGUAAUAAAUACAUUAUUGGCUCUGGAGGAAGUGGCACAGUAUAUCUUGGCCUGAAGGAAGAUGGCACUGAGGUAGCCAUUAAACGAAUAACCAAGGACCAACAGAAAAGCAUAUACUUUGAAAAUGAACUAAAGCAUCUACGAGAUUUGAAUCUUGAGAGCAAGAACAUUGUCAGGUACGUGGACUUAGCAGAGGAUGAAGACUUUUAUUAUCUUGCACUACAGCUUUGUGAAUACGAUAUGGAGGAUUACAUGACAAAUCUUCGUCAGGAAGAACAAAAAGACAAAGAGACCGCUUUGAGAAAAAUAGUGGAGGAGAUUCUUCUUGGCCUUCAAGUUCUUCACCGUGCUGGAGUGAUACAUCGUGAUAUAAAGCCUGGAAAUGUUUUGAUAGAUUCAGGAAAAAAUGCAAGGCUGGCCGACUUUGGCUUAAGUCGCAAACUGGAGGUGGGCAGAAGCACAGUGCAUACUGCUAGAGCUGGUACACAAGGCUGGGAAGCUACGGAGAUCCUGAAUCAAGAUACAGGUUACAAGAAGACCUCAGACAUCCAGGUUGCUGGGAUGUUGGUGUACUACAUCCUCUCUGACGGGAAACAUCCUUUUGGGGACGAAAAGUAUCGUGAGGAGAACAUCAAGAAAGGGCAGUACUCUCUUGAAGAUUUACAAGAUAUAGUAGCAAAGGAUCUCAUCGAAUGGAUGAUCAACAAGGAACCAGAAGAGAGACUGACCAUUAAAGAGGUCCUACGACACCCUUAUUUCUGGGAUAAAGACAGCAAAGAUGCAGUCCUUAGGAGGCUGGGCGAUAGGCCUGAAAUCCAGAACUACGAGACUUUAGCAAAACUUCGCAAACUCUACAUAGAAAAAGGGCACACAGAGCGAACAGACCCGACAGCAGCACUGACCAUUGUUGAGGCCUUCAGUGAAUUGAAAAUCGAGAAUGAAAAAAAGAGAAAUGACAUUCUUACAAUAGUGGGUGAGGAUUUAAAAAGACUUUGGAAGCUCUUCAACGCUGCAGAGGAGGUCACAGAGGGAAAAAGCUUUUCUAAUUGGCAAUCAGAGCUCUCAGAAAUAUGGACAGACAUUAACAAAAAGCUUCCAGAGGACAUUCUUGGCCUGCUGCGUGUUUUUCGCAACAAACUGGUGCAUGCAAAUGUCAGAAAUGAGUUUGAAAGGAAGAAGAUUUUUGACCGCUUCCCGGACUUUUUCAUCAGUUUGCACAGAGUGGCUAAAAUCUUGAGCUGGAAAUAUUGAAGAUCCUGAGAGAACAUUCCAUCACAACAUGGGGAUUUUUUCCAGAUUUCUACACAUUCUUACACGGAUUGGCUACAGACAUGGGCUGGGACUAUACCUGGUCUUAAGAUGAGCGAGAAGAGAACAUCAGCACCCUGUUGUGAGUGGGAGAUGAGAGAGCAUUUUUAGGUUCUAGCUUGUCCAUGGAGGGGUGACCCAUCAGGGAAGCAAGUGUCACCACUCUUAUUCUCCGUUAGAGACCUCACUGGACCACCAUGGGAUACUGGAGCUCACACCGCCCUAAAAACAAGUCUGAGACACC